CAGUUGAUGCAAUGGAUGUAUCAGGAGAGCAGCAAAUCAAUGUAGAUCAUAAUAUAUAUAAACGUAGAUUAGAUGAAGCUGGAAGACCCUUAGAAAAACCAGAAAAAGAGAAAGUUGGAGAAGCAAAAAUCUUAAAUAUAACUGUUCCACCAACUUUAGAUCCAAACCGAUGUGAGAGUUGCUAUGGUGCUGAUAUUCCACCAAAAAAUUGUUGCAAUACAUGUGAAGAGGUUCAGAAUGCAUACCGUAUGAAAGGGUGGGCAGCUCCUGAUGCUGAUACCAUUGAACAAUGCAGGAGAGAAGGUUGGACCAAAACACUUCAGUCAGUUGAUAAAGAAGGAUGUCAGAUUUUUGGUUAUCUUGAUGUUAAUAGGGUUGCAGGAAAUUUUCAUAUUGCUCCUGGAAGAACAUAUACCCAGCACCAUGUCCAUGUGCACAAUCUACAGCCUUUUGCUGCAAAUCAGCUGAACUUAACGCACAAAAUACGACAUUUAUCAUUUGGGAAAACUAUUCCUGGAAAAACAAAUCCUUUGGAUGGAACUCAACAGGUGGCCGAUCAAGGUGGUAUGAUGUUCCAAUAUUAUGUAAAAAUAGUGCCUACAAUGUAUGCUCGUGCUGAUGGACAGACAUUACAUACAAACCAGUUUGCUGUGACUCGCCAUCAGAAACAAGCCACUCUGUUUGGAGAGCAAGGACUUCCAGGAUUAUUUGUGAUUUAUGAAUUAGCACCUCUUAUGGUCAAAUAUGGUGAAAAACAAAAAUCCUUCUUCCAUUUUCUAACCAGUGUUUGCGCAAUAGUCGGUGGUGUGUUCACAGUUGCAGGAAUGAUAGAUACAGCAAUCUACCAUUCUUCCAGAGUGAUUCAGAAAAUAGAACUGGGCAAAAUCAGUUGAUGUAUGUUUUAUUCCUAAUCAAUUUUUUAGGAAUGCUGCAAACUUCCACAAAGAUUUAGAUUUAUUAAGUUAUCUUUGUUAUUUCUCAUUUAAUUAUAAAUUUUAUUUUUAUUUAUGAUAUUUUACAUUUCAGCAUAUGAAAUUAACUUGAAAUUAGAACAGUGUGUAGUUUUUCAAUGUAAUAAUACUUUUUUAAAUUGUGAUUUAAUUUAAUGUAAAAAAUUUACGUUUGUAAAAGCUUGCUGUUAUGUCAAAAUUUCAAUUUAUUUUGAAUACUCUUUCACCUUUUCUAGCUAAAAUAUACAAAGAGUUCAACAUUUUCACAGUUUGCUUUGGUUAUAAAUUAUUUGAUGAAAAUUUAUUUAAAAUAUUGUGCAUUCAAAAAUUGAUUAUGUAUGCAAAUUAUAAAAUACAUAAUCUUAUGAAUUUAAAUUGAUAAUUGAUUUUAAUAAUUGUUUGAACUGUUUUAAAAUCUGGUUUUAAAAGAAUUGGCCACUUACAGAUCUGAAGAUAAAGUGCAGUUUACCAUCAGUUCAUAACUAUUAUAAUUUAUUUUCAAUUUACAACAGCCAUGAAAUUUUUUUGAAAAAUAUUUCCUAAACUAAUCAAAUUUAAAAAAGCAUUAUUCAAACUGUAAAAAAUAAACUUACGUUUAAAAUAUUUAACUUCAUUCUUCCUUAAAUAUCUAUCUUCAUUUUUUAUUUGAUAUGAAAAGAGUAAUAAACAAAUUAUUGCUGUACAAAAAUCUCAUAUCCUAUGUUAACGAUGAAGUAAAUAUAACUUCAUUAAAUUAUUUUCAUAGCAUUGAAUUUGUUUUACACUAAAAAAAAGUCUUCUGUUUUUUAUUACAAUAAAUUUAUAUACUCACAUUUCACAUCUCAAAUCAUUGUGCAGUAUGUUUAGCUGUUGUCAAAAAACUUUGUGUAUGCAUAUCUUGUGAAACUGUUUCCUGUAAAUGUUUACUUGCUGUUGUUGUAGACCUAAAAUGUUAUUUUUAACAAGAAUGCUGUGAUAUAUAUAUAUAUAAAUAUGUACAUAUAAAUGUACUUUUUGUAUUGAUAAUUAUUUUUCUUGUUCAUUUAAGGUGAAUAAUUUAAAUUGAUAUAAUACUGACAGAUGGAAAUUUAAUGAACUUCAUUAAUGUAUCUGCUUUUCCUAUAUUUAAAUUCUGCUUUUCCUAUAUAUAAAUUGACAAAACUACCCUUAUGCUUUGAUUCUUUCUCAUGGUGUAAAAUAAUUUGAUAGACUAACUUACCUUGGUAAAUCGCAAAAUUUUGUACUACUUCCUAUCAUACAAAAAAAAAAAGUUAAAUGUUGUAUAAGAUAACCAUUGUAUAUUUGAAUUUCUCCAAAAAAUAUUUAAUGUUUUCAGGGCUGAGAUAUUUUUUAAAGGAAGUAUUUAAAACAUGUUAAAGACAUUUAUAGUUAUCUAUUGCCUUUCUAUUAUAUUACUUUCAGAUAUUACUGCUAUUAGUAAUGUGAUGAUUAAGUUAAAAUUCUGCAUGUAUUUGCAAAAGGAUUGAAAAGGCCGUUGAGAGAUAAUAGUGGAAAGAAUACUGUGGAAAUAAAAAAAAUACUCCUUGAAAGCUAUUUAAAUAUAAUUAAAUACAUUCUGAUACACAUAUCAUUUAAUGACCAUUAAAUUCCAUUAUUGUCUUAACUUUGCUGACUUUUCUAGUAAAAGUGCAUUUAUUCUUCCUCUACAAAUAUCCCAAAUUAUUCAUCCAGCUUCUUAAAUUUUAUAUACUAAAACAAGUCUUAAACUUAUUUGUGCUAAUUUAGCCUUCAGUUAGGAAAAGGGGUAAGAAAACAAUUCACAUAAAAAGUUAAAUAUGUAUUUCUUAAUGACACAGAUGCUUGAAUUCUUAGAUACCAUAUAAAUAAAAUGUCUGCAUCCAAAACAUAUUAUGGUGAUGAAAGUUUCUUUAUGUUGAAAUAGUAAUAGUAUAGCUUUUCUAAUACAUUUAUAUUUUUCUGCUCAUGCCAUUCAUGCUUAAAAGAAUUUUGAUUUUGAAGUUCCUGUACUUAUUUGUACUUGUCUCAGCACGUUUUUUUGAGGGGGUGAAGUCUUAAUUUUAUUUGAGAAUCAAGAUUUUGUUCCAUUUAGUUUAAGGCAUUAUUUUUAUUUAAGAAUAGAUGCAAGAUAUUUAUGAUUUUAAAAAAUUAAUGUUAAAUUUCAGUGAGGUUUUUAGACUUAAUUUUUUUAAUUAAAAUUAUUUUUUACACAAAUAUGAUAAUAAUAAAUAAGAACCGAACCAGGAAACUUACACAUUGCACAAAUGAUUAAUUUUGUACUUAAAAGAUAUUUUUAAUACAAUAUAAUUAUCUAGAUACAGUAAUGAUGCAAAUGUUUAUAAAUAAUAAGUUGGAUGUAAUACUGUACAUUAUAUAUGAAAAAAUAUUAACCCUUUAAAAUAACAUUAACUGCCUUUAAAUGAUUAAGCUUUACAUAAAAUUUCUAAAAAAAUAUUAAACCAUGUCAAGAUUUUCUUCAGAUGAAUUUUUUAGUUUGAUAUCAAUAAAAUCUUCCUGAUAUUCAAUCCUGCCAACUGCAUGAAGAUGUUUUUCUUAUAUGUAUUUAAUAUCCCUAUUCUGAUCAAAAUAUCCUUUUUACAGAGUUAUUCUUUCAUGUAGUAAAUAACAUUACACAUGAAUAAAGGAAAGUAUAUUUGGAAAGUAAAAAUUUGUUUUCCCUAAUAGUAUAAAAUUGUAUUAAUACUGUGUUAAAAUCAUUUUACUCUUGAGCAGCAUGCUGGUGCAUAUGUACCAACAUUAAUGUGCUUGGAAUAGCUUAUUAUUCUCAUAAAGGUAAUUUGUUACAGAUUUUAAAAUCAUUUAAGUAUUAGAAAAUAUAGGUGUAUAAUUCUUAUAUGCCAUGUACCUAUUCAUAACAUUUUUAAUAAUAUUCGACAAUGACAGAGUUCAAAUAUUUAACUUAAAACAAACCUCAUUUUUUUAUUAUAUUUAAAUGACAGAUGAAUAAUUUACAAUGCAGUGAUAGUCAUCUCUCUCACUUAAAGAGUUUUAUUUAGCAUAACUUAUUAACUUCAAUUAAUUUUUAUUUAACAUACUGAGCUCCUUUUUAAAUGGAUCUAAGGAAUAACUGUGUUGUUGAACAACUGAUUUUAUUAGGUUUCAAGCCAAAUAGGUCACUGUUGAUGAUAUUGCUAAACAUGAAUUCAGCUCCUGAAGCUAUGCAUGCAGUAUCAAGAUUAAUUAACAGUAUGUUAUGAAUAUGAUAAGAGAAAGCACUUCAGAAGUAAAAUGAUUUGCAACCUCAAGGUGUUUGGCCACUAAAGAGCUGAAACAAUUUAAAGGACAAAAAUAAAAGUUUGCAUAUGCAGGAAAAAGGUAGGAGAAAUAACAGCUGGGUAAGAAAAAGUAGAAUCAGUAAAUUUUGCCUUUAAGUAAAGGCAAAAUUAAAGUUAAGAAAUUUAGUUUUUAAUAUUACAUUUUGCUUCAUUUUAAUUUUAUGUAAAUAAUUAUUAAACUAUCAAGUUAAAUGGAUACUGCCUUGUACUUUACUGCAAAUUUGACAAACUUAAUCACUACGUUAAAUUUCAAAGUUUACGUUACUUUAACAAGAAAGUAUCAUUGGAUGACUUCUAAAUAUUUCAUAUGUACUCUUAAUUCUCAUCACAUGAGAAUUAAAGAGUUAAAUAAGAGACCCCUAAUGAAAAAAAAAAAAAAACUAAUAGACCCCUAAUGAAAAAAAAAUCUAAUAAACUAAAUAACAGUUGGACAUAUGCAGCUAUUACUCGGUAAUAUUGUACAUUUCCUACAGUUCAUUAUUUCAAUUUUCAAAUGAAAAUUUUUCAGUGUUUCACUCUUGAAAACUAAUUUUCAUCUGAAAUAAAUAACAUGCACGACAUUUACAUGUCUGUACUUUUUUAUUUACAAAUUUCAACAAAUCAAAAUUUUACACCAAACAAAAGUUUUCAUCUCGCAAAAUGGAUUUUGGGAUAAAUUUCGUGGGUCAUAUAAAAUGGAAAAUAAAUAAAAUUUACAACUAUAUACUCUACACAAAUGCCACUGCAAGUGUUAUAUAAUUUUCAGUUCAUAAUAAUGCAUCAAAAUCUUAAAACAUUCGAAAUUGAUACGUAAUCAUAUUACUUACAAAAAUUAAAGUUCAGUAAUUUUUUAGGGGAAGGACUUUCAUAAACAUCCUUGUCUGCAGCAGCCUAAUUAUAACUAAGUACUCCACAUAUUCAUGAGAUUUUUAACAAGUCACUUAUUUCAUUUGUGAUAGAUUAUUAUUAUUGAUUUUGAUUAUGAUGCAAUGUAAGUGAUAUGUUCUACUAAAAAACACGAGAAGCUUUUUCACAAUUCACUUCAUACAAAUUUUAUAAACACUUGAUUUUAAUGUCAGUAGAUAAGAGAAAUGAAAAAUAAGAUUUGGUAAAUACUUUACAAAUUAGAUUAACCAUUCAAUAGCCAAUAUGCAUAUAUUAAAAUCCUUGACAAGAUGAUUAAACAGUAAUGUAGCAAAACAUAAACCAAUCGGAUACAUUUUUAGCAAAUGUUUUUUUCUGAACAAAAAAAAUAAAAUAAAGGUUACUAGAUGAAGUCUGAUCAUAAGCACCGAUUUAAACACAGUAACAAAACUUACUGCUAUUUCAAAGGAACUAAGCCUAACAGAUAACUUCAGUGGCUAAUAAAAAUUUUCUAUACUCAAAUCUAUUUAAAAAUGCAUAGGUAUUCCAUCAAGAUUUGAAAUGUUGUUGCAUAGUAUGUAUACUAAUUAAUAUUUCUACAUUCACAUGUCACAUUCACCGAUCUACAACAUUUAACACUUUUAUACUAGUUAUUCUUUCCACAACAAAGAAUAUUUCACAAUUAUUUAAAACAUGAAAUGCAAAAAUUUCACAAUUAGUAAACAUUUUAGUGAAUCUACUUCAUUUAAAAUGUUCACCAAAACUAGGAAUUAUUUUCACUUUUUACUCUGGAUACUUUAAAAGACUGCACAAAAAGAAAAGGAAAAAAGAUACAGUCCAGUUUUACACUAUGUACAUACAUGCAUCAACCUUUGAUUCCAAUUUCUAAAUAAGUUUAAUCUUAUAAUUCCCAAAUAUUUAUGCUUAGUCAUGUUUUUAGACAUGCAAAAUAAACCUUUAUCUUACAAAAGAUAAAAUUUCAAGAAAAUUCUCUUACCUCUCAAAUUAUUAUUAUUUUAUGUUUCAAGAAAUAUUAAUGAAAACUUAUAUAUAAGUUAUGCAGAAAUGAGAUGCAGGACAAUUAUAUAUUGUUGAAUAUAAAGUUAGUUUCAAUAUUUCAAAGUAGAAUAUUUUAUUCUGCAUGUUU